AGCAAUACGGUACCAUUUUUGUCACAAAAAAUAAGAAGGAAAAAUCGAAUAACCAUCGUUUUUACUUUUUACCCCUCAACUAUUGGCAUCUCUCCGUGUCUCCGUCUGUCUUCUGACUAUCCUCCUAAUCGGAGAAGAAGGGCAACCAAAUCCUCGCUGUACGUCGUUGUUUUCUAAGGCAUCGAAAUCUUGGUCCUCCGAAUUCGUGGUUUUCUGAUUCUUCCCGGUGCUCCUCUCCAUUGAUUCCAUGGUCUGAUCUUCGGCGAAUCGCAAUCCGACGGUGGCGAUGGCGUCGGCGCAGAACCAAUCGGCGAAUGUGGAUCUCUUCGAUGCGUAUUUCCGACGAACCGGUUUGUACCGGCCGGAUUAGUGGCAAUGAAGCCGUCGCUUUCUUCCAGGGCUCCGGUCUCCCCAAACAUGUCCUAGCGCAGCCCCAGCUGGAGGAAGGCCUCCGAAGCCAGUCGCUCUUUCUCAUGCUUAGGUAAAGCAGCAGGCCAAUCAGCAGAAACCUAGAGUACCAGAAUUGGAGAAACAUCUUGUAAAUCAACUGAGUACAGAGGAGGUCGAAGAACUGGAGAAAGAAAUAUUGGAUGCUAGAGAGAAAAUUGAAUACUUAUGGGUCAAAAUGCGGGAACUUACUUCUUACUAUUUGAUUUUUGCAGUGGUGUAAGUUGGUAUUGAUUCUUGAAUUGACAAGUACUCUUGGGAGGAACUGCAGAUCAUGCGUUUUAUCAUUGUCCUGUAGCUUUAUAUGUGUGGCUGAGAUUGUGUAGGGAAGGAAAUGUAAGUUGGGUAAUUCCUGCAGGGUACAUAAGUUGUUUGGUGGAUAUGAAGCUUUUGUGAGGGUGCAGUAUGCCAACAAUUUUUUGGGGUUUAUUGGUUCGAGACUUGGGAGCAGUCUCUCCAUAAAUGGGGUUAAGGCUAGCCGACAUUCACCUCUCCCAGACCCUGCGUAAAGCGGGAGCCUUGUGCACUGGGUACGACCUAUUGGUUUGAGAGAAACACGAGGAUUUUUUUAAAACGAUAUUUGGGUGAGGACUAGUUAUGGAAUAAAGAUAGAUUUUGUUCACCACGUUGGCUGAUCUAUUUUUCUUAUUGGUAUAAGGUUUUGUACAAGAGUAGAUGUGUCAAUUGCCUUAAUGCGAUGACAGAAAGGGCCUCUGCUGAUAGACGUGAGGAGAUUUAACUAUUCGAGGUGACUGAUUGAGAAGUUUAAUUGUCAGAUUCACUUUUGUGAAGGAGCUCACUCUUGAUGUGUCAAAUGUCUUGGCACCUCCAAAACAGAAAUCAUCAUCAGUUCAGAAAGAAAAAGCUCCCCCACUUGAGAGUCCAACAACUGCUUCUUCACCUAAAGUUGAUGUUAAGUAAAAAAAGCCUCUAAGUACAGAUGCCAAGGUUGUUGAAAAUGGAGUAGCAUAAGAUAAAAAUGAGGACGAGUCAGCAAAAAGUGCUCUGAACAGUCCAUUUGCCAGCAGUACUGUUGGAAGCCCAUCUAGAGAAUUUCAGAUUCUAACUAUGGAAAGACAACAGACACAGAUGCCUCACCCCGUAAUAAGGAAUCUCAAAGUGAUGAUCAUGCGGGUGUUGGGACUAUGUUUUCUGGCGACAAUGGUUCCGAUGAACCAGGGGUUUCAAUGCAUUUAGUACCGCCAAGAUAUAGGCACAUGCAGACCAGAGGCAUAUUGGAUUCCUUGGUCAGGCAGAGUUUUACAAUGCCCUUAGACUUUGUCACGGUGGCACAAGUAAGAGAGAACUUACGCCAGAAAUGGUGAAGGCAACAUUAUAUGGCCCGGCUGCAGCUAAAAUACCUGCACCCAAGAUAAAUCUUGCAGCGACUUCUGCCCCUCAGUUCAAUUCUGCUGCAGCAGCACCUGCCACUCAGGGUGGUGCUGUCACUCCGACAUCCUCACAAAAUCUUGGGUUCAGGGGACCAAAAAUACCACCUCAGUAUAGUUCUUUUGGAGCAGCACCUGCCACUCAGGGUGGUGUUGUCACUCCGAUGUCCUCCCAAGAUGUUGAGUUCAGGGGACCACAAAUACGAUCUCAGUUUAAUUCUGCUCCAACAGCGACCCAGGGUGAUGCUGUUACUCCAACAUCCUCCCAGAAUCUUGGGUUCAGGGGAUUAAGUGUGAAUGUGAACCAGCAAAAUUUCAUUUCUCAAGAUGGCAAGUCAAUUAGGCCUCCAGUGCCUCCAUCUAGUUCUGAUUCCCAGCCCACACAGAGUGUUGCUGCCCAAGGCUUUCCCAGUGAAGGUUCAGUGGGUGGUCCUCAACCACAAAAUUCAAACAUGUCUAAUGAUUGGGUUGGUGGAAGGGCAAGUGGAGCAACGACCGAGAUACCCUCGCAGAUUGUAAAAAAGGGGAUCACUCCUUCUGCAACACAAGAUGUAUUUGGGCAGGCAACAUCAGGACCAACAACUUCCCUACCACCUAGGCCACAGGCAGGUUUUGGGUUCAGACCACCGGCUAAGGAUUCCAAACCAUCAAAUAUAUCUAGGAAUGGCUUUGCUCCUUACUCAUCUUUUGGAGUCGAUGUGUUUUCUGCAACCCCAUCUCAACCAAAGCAGAAUUUUCCUCUUGGCAGUAUACCCGUCUCAUCAACCAUUGUGCCAGUAUCUGCUUGGACCCAAUCUUCAGUUACAGUUAUGCGCCUAUAUAGUAUGACCACAAACAUAACUUUUGGAAGCUAUAAGUUCCCCCACUCUUAACUUUAUGCUCUGUUUACAUCUGUCAGAGGUUUUAAAGCAGGUUUGGACCCAAUCUCCGAUCAGGAUAAUGAUAGCAUGCUUUCUGUCAGGGAGUUUUGUGUUGCGCUAUAUAUGAUGGAGCAGUUUAGGGAGGGAUGCCCUCUUCCAGCAGUGCUACCAAGAAAUAUUAUGUUUGAUUUAUCCAAUAUUUUUCAACCUGCAAAUAAGUACUCCAGUGCUGGCCAUGUAGCCUAGAGACCUGCAUCUGGCUUUCAACAACAGCAAUCGAUGCCUGGUCCUGGUGCUCGACACAUGGCGCCCCCAGCUGGAGGAAGGCCACCGAAGCCAGUUGCUCCUUCUCAUGCUGUGGAAAGGCAGCAGGCCAAUCAGCAGAAACCCAGAGUACCAGAAUUGGAGAAACAUCUUGUAAAUCAACUGAGUACAGAUGAGGUUAACUCGCUGAAUUCAAAGUUCAAAGAAGCAACCGAAGUUGAUAAAAAAGGUAGAAGAACUGGAGAAAAUAAUUUUGGAUUCUAGAGAGAAAAUUGAAUACUUCGGGGUCAAAAUGCAGGAACUUGCUGAGUCCCUGGCUAAGAUGAAGAGAAAUACAAACAAGCUGGAGAUGUAGCUUCCAAGUUGACUAUUGAAGAAGCCACGUUUCGUGAUUUACAGGAGAAGAAAAUGGAGCUAUACAGGGCAAUUGUCAAGAUGGAGCAAGGUGAUGGUGAUGGCACGCUUCAGAUCUUGAUGGGCUUGUGAAAACUCUCAAUGAGCGCUGCAAGAAGUACAGAUUACGUGGAAAGCCUACAACAUUAACUGAGCUUCCCUUUGGCUGGCAACCUGGCAUCCAAGAAGGAGCUGCUGACUGGGAUGAGGAUUGGGAUAAAUUUGAAGAUGAAGGAUUCACUUUUGUCGAGGAGCUCACUCUUGAUGUGUCAAAUGUCUUGGCACCUCCAAAACAGAAAUCAUCAUCAGUUCAGAAAGAAAAAGCUCCCCCACUUGAGAGUCCAAAGUACAGAUGCCAAGGUUGAAAAUGGAGCAGCAUAUUAUAAAAAUGAGGACGAGUCAGCAAAAAGUGCUCCGAACUGUCCAUUUGCCAGCAGUACUGUUGGAAGCCCAUCUAGAGAAUUUUCAGAUUCUAACUAUGGAAAGACAACAGACGCAGAUGCCUCAUCCCGUAAUAAGGAAUCUCAAAGUGAUGAUCAUGCGGGUGCUGGGUCUAUGUUUUCUGGUGACAAAGGUUCCGAUGAACCAGCAUGGGGGACGUUUGACACUAAUGAUGAUGUUGACUCGGUGUGGGGUUUCAAUGCAGUUAGUACCACCAAGGAUAAGGAUCAGGAGAGUUAUAAGGAUCACUACUUUUCUGGCCCUGGGGAGUUCGGCCUCAACCCUAUCAGGACUGGGUCAUCACAAGGAGGUGGCUUUUCCCAGAAGAGCCGCCCUUUUACUUUCGACGAUUCUGUUCCUAGCACACCACUCUCAGCCUUAAGUUCAGGGUAUUCACCGCCAAGGUACAAGGAUAGCUCAGAACCUUCAUUUGACACCUUCUCUAGGUUUGAUUCGUUCAGAAGCAUACAAGAUACUGGAUUUUUUCCUCAACCAGAAGCACUCAGAAGAUUUGAUUCUAUGCACAGCAGUAGAGAUUUUGAUCAGGGUAAUGGUUUUCCAACAUUUGAUGACAUCCCAGACCCUUUUGGCUCUUCGGCGCCAUUUAGGUCAUCGCUGGACAGUCAAACUCCAAGAAGAGACUCAGACCCCUUCGGAUCUUCAGGUCCAUUUCGGACGUCACUGGACAGUCAAACUCCAAGAAGUGAAUCAGAUUUUUUCGGGUCUUCAGCGGCGCUGUUUAGGAAAUCAUUUGACAGUCAAACUUCAAGAGGAGACUCGGACGCAUUUGGGUCCUCUCCAUUUAGGACAUCAUUCGACGGUCAAACUCCAAGAAGAGACUUGGACCCAUUUGGGUCUUCAGGGCCUUUCCGGACGUCUCUCCGGACGUCAUUGGAGACUCCGAGAAAAGACUCUGAUCAUUGGAGUGCAUUUUAGUCAGGUAGUUGCUCGGCUUCGUUUUUGUGUCUGCCAUUCGCCGUUCCAAGCCUUUCUAUCGUGAGUGUUACGGGCCGAUGCCAUGUUUUAUGCUUGAAAUCACUGUGCUUGUAAUGUGUCUUUUGUAUUUCAUUUCUUUGUGUAUGCAACUCGCUUUGUCUUCAUUCUUUUUUCCUUUAGCUUAUGAUUUUUCUCCGUAAUUUUGGAAUGUUCCUAGUCCUAUUGAAGCGAAGACCCCUAUAGAUUUAUCGUUGUUACAAAUUUGAUGAUUGUAUUAUUAAACUGGGGCUGUGCCUUUCUUUUUUCGACCUUACUUGGCUGUAACAUUUUACCCCAUUAAUAAAAUUUGUUCUGCUGAUCUU